CUACUCUGGUGAAAACAAGACUUUCAGCCAAGAGACAUAGUCCCUCCAGCCUCUGCUCCUGAGUCUCCUUCUGGUAGGGCAUGCUUGGAAAACCCUCUGAGGGAAGCGUCCCGGAGCAUCCAAAACAGAAGUCCAAGCCACUUCUGCUCAAUGCUCUCCCAGAUGGCCGAUCACUAACUGAAGAAGCUCAUUUAACCUAGUUGCAUUUCUUAGAUCUUGUUCUUUCAGCCAAACCCAUUAUCAGAGGUGUUUGUGGAGAACAAAAGUGAGGAGUGAUUCCAGAAUGCCACAAUCAAAGCAGUCUUUUUGGGCCCCAGAGCCCACAACAAUCCUGGCAGUGGCUCUGCUUUUUGCACUACAGGGUGCUACACAUUCUGCUCCAUCAGGAGACAACAAGCUGGUUCGAACCACCAGAGUGAGAAGGCAGAUCCCAGAGGGGGAUCCGUUCCCCUCUGCUUCCUCAGUCAACCAGACUUUGAGAGAGCAGCCUCUUGUCUUUAACCAUGUGUACAACAUUAACGUGCCAAUGGAGUCUCUGUGUUCUGUUGACCUGGAUGCAUCUAUGGCUCCAGCCCAAGAUUAUCGUGCUGAGUUGGGAUCCAGACCCCCAGUUGAGGUGGAGCCUUCUGGACCUACAGAAUACACCGAACAGACACUUGAUGCUGAGAGUCAGGUGACAUUUACUCAUAGAAUCAACAUACCAAAAGCAGCAUGCAGUUGUCCAGCACAAACCACAAUCCAGCAGCUCGCCACCAGACUGGAGAUGUUGGAGAGAGAGGUGUCCAUGCUCAGAGCUCAGUGUGGAUCAGGGUGCUGUGGGGAAGGCUCUGCCAUGGGUCGAUUGGACUUUGUCCCAGGAUGUAGCAACCAUGGAAGCUUCAGCUUUGAACUGUGUGGCUGCGUCUGUGAGGAAGGUUGGGGCGGCAAAAACUGCUCCGAGCCUCGCUGCCCGAAUGACUGCUCUGGCCAGGGGGUGUGUAUUGAAGGGGAGUGUGUGUGUGACCGUGACUUUGGAGGAGACAACUGUUCAGAGCCACGGUGUCCUUCCGACUGCUCAGGCAGGGGCCUGUGUAUUGAUGGGGAGUGUGUGUGCGAGGAGUCCUUCACAGGUGAAGACUGCAUGGUUGGACGAUGUCUCAAUGACUGCUCAGAUCAGGGAGUGUGUGUCAAUGGGACAUGCCAGUGCCGGCCCGGCUAUGUGGGAGAAGACUGCUCAUUGGUCUACUGUGCCAAUAACUGUAGUAAGAAAGGAGUCUGCAAAGAGGGUUUCUGCGUUUGCCAGGAUGGCUUUGCUGGAGAUGAUUGUAACUCAGUGGCACCUGCCAUGAAAUUAAAUGCACGUGGAGUUACAGAUCGUACUAUUGAGCUGGAGUGGGAAGGGUCCAUGAUGGUGACAGAUUUCUUGGUGACCUACACACCGAGCAUCCCUGGAGGUGUGCAACUAGAAAUAAGGCUCCCAGGAAACACAACAUCUUGGAUUAUUACAGGUCUAGAAGCAGGCAUUGAGUACAACAUCAAUGUGUUUGCUGUCAUCAACAACUCAAUCAGCAUUCCCUCUAGUAUUACUGUUUGGACGUAUCUUUCAAACCCAGAUGGAUUACUCUUCAGAUCCAUCACAGAGACAUCAGUUGAAGUCCAAUGGCAACCGUUUUACUACUCUUUUGAUGGAUGGGAGAUCAGCUUCAUCCCCAAGGACAAUGAUGGUGGCAUGACAGCUCAGCUGCCCAGCACCAUCACUUCAUUUGUUCAGACGGGUUUGAGGCCUGGGGAGGAGUACACAGUCAACCUGGUUGCUCUUAGAGAGCAGGGUCGAAGCCAGCCAGUCACUGCUACUUUCACAACUUUGAUUGAUGGCCCGACUCAGCUGAUAGUGCGUGAUGUGUCAGACACCGUAGCAUUUGUGGAAUGGACUCCACCAAAAGCAAAGAUUGAUCAGAUCGUGUUGCGUUAUGGCCUUGUGGGAGGAGAGGGACCACGGACCACCUUCCGGCUUCAGCCCACCCUCACCCAGUACUCAUUACAGGUCUUACGUCCUGGUUCACGGUAUGAGGUGUCAGUAAGCGGAGUAAGGAAAGGAAAUGAAAGCGGAUCUAUUUCCACUGAAUUUACAACCGCUUUAUCGUUCUUCUCAGAGAUUGAUGCCCCCAAGAACUUACGGCUUGUGUCCAAGACCUCCACUACCCUCGAGCUUGAAUGGGAUAACAGUGAGGCUGAGGUGGAAGCCUAUCAGGUGGUGUACAGCACCUUAGCAGGAGAUCAGUAUGAUAAGGUGAUUGUGCCGCGCAAUGAGGGUGCCACCACCAAGACUAACCUUACAGACCUGCUGCCGGGCACUGAGUACGGCAUUGGAAUCUCUGCCAUGAAAGGUAUCAACCAAAGUACGCCUGCGACGAUGAAUGCCAGGACAGGUCUGGAUGUACCCAUGGAUUUAACUGUGACAGCUUCCACAGACAACUCCAUCACUCUGGUGUGGGGUGUAGUCCAAGGUCCAAUUGACCACUACAGGGUCACCUACACAUCCUCCUCUGGCAUUACGACUAAGGUGACGGUACCUAAAGACAUAACAACCACGACCCUGACAGACCUGGAGCCUGGAACUGAAUAUACCAUUACAGUAGCAGCAAAUAGAGGGAGACAGCAGAGCACGGCAGCAACCAUAGAUGCCUACACAGGGAUCAGGCCUGUAACCCAGCUUUACCUGUCAGAAGGGACAUCAGAUUCAGUGUUAGUGUCAUGGAGCUCCCCGGCACCACCCGCCAAUCUCUUCAUUUUGAGCUACAGCUCUGCCGACGGGACUGACACUUCUAAGGUGACACUGGAUGGCUCCAAGACGAGGUCACUGGUCCAGGGCCUGCUGCCAUCCACUCACUACACGUUUAGUUUAAUCACAAUACAAGGGGAUGAUACUUCUGAGCCAAUCACAGCAUCAUUCAUGACAGAAAUGGACCCACCAAAAGAACUGGCAGUAUCAGAUGUGACAGAGGAUGCAGUGACUAUCUCUUGGAUCAAACCACUGGCUUCCUUUGAAUAUUAUAAGCUCUUCUACCAGUCGGCUAGAGGUCGAGUGGACAGCGAGAUGAUCGACAGCGAUGUGACAAACUACACCUUGUCUAGUCUUUUUCCAGCCACAGAGUAUGAGAUUAACAUCAAUGCUGUCAGAGGGAGUCAAGAGAGCAGACUUGUCAGCACAUCUGUCUUCACAGCCAUGGAUAUGCCUGCGGAGUUGACAGCCCUCAAUAUUACUCCACAAGGAGCCCUGCUGAGGUGGAAUCCUCCCCUUUCCAGUGUGGACAACUACGUGCUGACCAUCACACAUAACCAGUUGACAGCAGACACUUUCCUGGUUGAAGGAAGCAAGCAUGAGCACCAGCUGUCCAACCUCAAACCAAGCACCACCUACUCUGUGGCCCUGUAUGCCACCAAAGGACCCCUCACAAGUGGCACUGUCAUCACCAAUCUUCAAACACCCAUGGAUGCACCUGUGAACCUGACAGCCAGUGAAGUGAACCACCGCAGCGCUCUUAUUUCCUGGCAGCCUCCAGUAGCAGAAAUUGAUAACUACAUGCUGACUUACAAAACUCCUGAUGGCAACCGUAAAGAGCUGAUUCUUGAUGCAGAGGACACAUGGAUUCGACUGGAGGGAUUGGCGGAGAGCACAGAGUACACAGUUAAGCUCCAAGCUGCUAGAGGCCUUGAUACCAGUGCAGUGGUCUCCACCACCUUUACUACAGGGAGCCGUCUUUUUUCAACGCCUCAGAACUGUGCCCAACACCUGCUGAACGGGGAGACUGUGAGUGGCGUCUACACCAUUUACAUCAACAGAGAUCCCAGCCAAGGGGUGCAGGUGUACUGUGACAUGACCACAGAUGAAGGAGGCUGGAUUGUAUUCCAGCGUCGUCAAAAUGGUCUGACUGACUUUUCCAGGAAGUGGAGUGACUAUCGAGUUGGAUUUGGAAACCUUGAGGACGAAUUCUGGCUUGGUCUUGACAACAUCCAGAAGAUUGCAUCUCAGGGCCGAUAUGAGCUGAGAAUUGACAUGAGAGAUGGGCAGGAAUCAGUUUAUGCCAAUUAUGACAAGUUUUCCAUUGGAGAUGCCAGAAACCUAUAUAAGCUCAGGAUUGGAGAGUACAAUGGGACUGCUGGUGACUCUCUCAGCUACCACCAGGGUCGUCCAUUCUCAACUAAGGACAGAGACAACGACAUCGCUGUCACUAACUGUGCCUUGUCCUACAAAGGAGCCUGGUGGUACAAGAACUGCCACCGGGCCAACCUCAAUGGAAAAUACGGAGAAUCCAGGCACAGUCAGGGAAUCAACUGGUACCACUGGAAAGGCCAUGAGUUCUCCAUUCCUUUUGUGGAGAUGAAGAUGAGGCCCUUCAACUUCCGUAGCAUCAGCAGUAAGAGGAGACGAUCCGUCCCUGUAUAAGCAGGCUGACUCCACCCUGCGUAGAGUUAUGGAUAAAAAGGAGUUGGGGUGAUAUGGGGGGAGGGGGGUUACAUCUCUGCUGUAUGUGCACCUUUCUGACUGCAAAUGCAGGCUUGAAUGUGUGUUGGGCUCAUUAGUGAGGCUGGGAAGACUGAACACAUGAGAAAUUAAACAAAGCUACUAAUAUUUUACCUAGAAAAUUUUAUAAUUUAAUAAUUUGCAACUUGUGUUAACUGGAUGUGGUCAGACAAUAGCGGAAAAGUUUUGACACCACAUCCGAACCCUGUCGACCUUUUCACCCCUCCAGUAUAAGCUGUCUUUUCUGCUGUAAGUCUGCCCCGAGACAAUGUUGUAAUUUGUUAAAUCUGUAUAAUGACAAUGGUUGUGACUUCUGUAAAAAGGGAAGGGAAAACAAGACUUUUUUGGUUUCCCUUAACAAGCGAUUUUUCCUUCCUCAAAAUGCUAAGUUGUCCUCAGAAUUACUUAGGAAUAAAAGAUAAUGCUUCUUAGCAACAACAAACUGAUACUUAAAUCAUCAAUGUAUUUCUUUGAAACUCGCAUCUGUAAUAUACAGUAUAUAUAUAUACACAUAUAUAAAUAUAUUUUUAUAGCUAAUUGUAGCUUGGUCCAUCUAUUUAAUAUGAUUUGAUGCCUUGGUUUUCAACACUCGAUUAAGAUUAAAAAACAAUGAUAGGCACUGGACUCAUCAGAGUCAGGAGAAAAAGAGCAAAACUAAAGAUCCACAAUGACUAUUGAACAAGUAGUUCACCAGCAAAAUCUCCAUUAACUUUAUUUAAUUUGCGAUGUUGACUACUUUAGAUAAAUUACAUAAAGUAGAGUAAUAUCAUCUGCUUUAUUUAUUUGGUAGCCCCACUGAGAGUUUUUCCGCACUGACAGUGGAAACACAGCCAAGCUGUUGUUCAUUCAAUUUCAUGAACAAAUUGAGUUGCUUAUUGGUAUUUAUCAUCUCUUUGAUUUCCCUUUUAAGUAAAUUUGUUUAACCUUGCUGCUGAUGUUAGGUUUGCUCACAGAGAUGGUGCUGAAAGAUGCAACAAAGACCUGUGUAAUAAAGGUGCUCUGAUUGGAAAAAAGCUCAGUCAGUUCUGUCACCAACAUCUGUCUCAUUUGUCCCACAUUUUAAGCCUUUUGUAGUCAAUGUGAUUCGCCAGGGAAAAAUGAAAUUUACUAAACCCUAUUCAGAGCUAAGUCAGUGUGGACAAAGUGCAGAUUCAAGUCUGGCUUCUCUCCCGCAGCUGGCUGAAAUGAACUCAACAAAGAAAGCAGAACAGAAGGUGGAGGGAAGCCAAGCCUUUCUUCUACUCACUUCACUGUUAAAGCUAUUUCGCGAAACAAUGGAAUCCACUAACACUGCUGAGAGUGUGUUCCUCUAAGUGGGGUUGACGUAAUCUGCAGCUUGCCAACCAACCAUGUGUUCACAUUGUCACAAGAGGUCAUGGCCAGUUAAACAACUGCAGGUUUUUUUUGUCUGAAUUUAAGGCAGACAAACCAAACAAAACUAGAAGACAGAAAGAAAAUGACACCAGCAAUUCAGGCAAGUUUUAGUCUUAUUUAUAGAUAAUUAAAUAUUUGAAUUAUUCAUUUUUUCUUUUAUUGUUUUCUUUAUUUCAAUUAAUCCUUUCAGUUAAUUCUCAAUUUAAAGUAGACCAGAUAAUCAUACUGUGUAUAUUAUUUUUUCUUUAGAUUGAAAGUAGUUGCCCUUCCCUUUACUUAUACCACUCCUACUAAUAUACUUAUGUAGAUAUGAACUUUGUGUUUCACUUUCUCUCCCAAUUAGAGAAAGCCAAUGCAGAAAGCCCUCUUGGGAAUUUCUGUGGGCUGAAUUUUUGUAACCACUGCUGUGCAAAAGGACUGAUGGAGCAUACUGCAUGUUGACUGAAAUGCUACCAGGAGCCUGAACGGGAACAACAAAAGUCUUUAGAAUAUGGUCAGCAUGACUUGUGCACAUAUUCAUUUGUUGUUCUGGCUGAAAGCUGCCGCUGAUAUACUGUAGUUUAAAAAGUUGAUUUGAAUCACUUUUUUUCUAACUUUAAGCCAUUUGAUCAAGAUCAAAUCUUAUUGUCAAAGGAUGUCAGACUCUCUCAUGCAAUAUACAUCCAAUAGUUAUUUAUAGUCUAGUAGAUGAACAUGUUUCCUAAUUUUAUUAUCUGUACUGUUAUAUUACUGUUCUUUGAGGUUUUGCAUUGAUGAAAACUGUUCUGGCAGCUUUUCUGAAAGGAAAAUGAUUGUUUUUCUUGUUCUAUAAACAUCUGUCAUGCAAAAUGUAAGAUGCCUGUAAAUCAUUAAAACCAGUUUUGUCAUUUUCUUUAUUAAAUCGGGAUAGGUAAAUGCUAAUUUUUCUCAUAAAUGUACUUCUACUCAGCUAUGAAAUUCACACAACUUUCUUGUAACAGCUCAUGCAAUAAAUAUAAUAUAUAUGUGAUGCCGCUGAGUUUUGGAGACAGUCAUUAUUUAAGACAAAAGCAUUUGUUAAUAAUAACUUUAAGGUGUCUCCUGUAUUGGAGUACUAUUGAAUGUGUGCUUCUGAUUUGCGCCCUAAGCAUUCUGAAGUUAAUUCUUUGUACGGGGUAUUCCAGCAGCUUUGUUUUAUGUGUCUAAAA